AGAGCAUCACCAAGAACAUCUUGAAGAACAAGAGCAAAAUGAAGUCUACAGCAGCUUUUGUUGUGGUUGCCUGUGUCCUUAUGGUGCACGUACAAGGUCAGGCCAGGCCUAGCAUGAGGAGGUGCUUAUGUCAAGGUUCUGGGGCGAACAUGGUUCGUCUACAACGUGUUGAGAAGAUUGAAGUUUAUCCUCCCAGUCCGUCUUGUGAAAAUGUGGAGAUUAUUGUCACAUUGAAGAAUAAUGCAGGGCUAAAGUGCUUGAAUCCAGAGUCCAGAUUUGCUCAGAAUUACAUCAAGAAGGCCAUUCAAAAGAGGAACGCGAGAGAAACAAAACAUCAGUGAAGAUAACGAGAGAAGGCUGUGAACACCGUCCGCUCAUCCAUUUCAAAAUCCUGCACCGAGACAGUUUGUCUUGCUACUUGAACUGCAUAUUUGCAUGAUUAUUAUUGUUUUUUAUCAUAAAAUUGUAAAUAUGUAAUUCACCUGUGUUUUUUAAUUUAUGAAAGAGGGAUUUGUAAGUCGCCAGUGAUUUUUAGAUUUUUAAACCUUC